AUGAAAUCUUACGCCGAGGUUUACAUUUGGGACAUUAAAAACAACCUUCGUUCCAACAAGGAACCAUCAUCGGUUUACACAGUAGAUGGUUCAAACCCCACAUGGAACUUCAAGGUUAGGUUCCACAUUGACCUCGCCAUUGCCAAGCAGAACCACUAUGCUCUGGUUGUUAAGCUCAAAUCGCGCAGGAAAACUCACGGUCGCCCGGACAAAUAUAUCGGCGAAGUCCGUGUGCUCAUCACAGAACUGCUGGAAGGUUCUGAUACUGCAGCAGAAGAUAAAAUACGUGUGAAAAAGAAUGUUCAGACUUCGCCUGAGAAGUUCCAAGGAGAACUAGCCUUUUCUUAUAAUUUCGGAAAACCAAUUGCCGAUCAUCUUACCGAGGUGAAUAUUGCUAAGAAGAAGAGCCUUAAAGAAGUUGCCUUGAAAGUGGCAAGCUUCUUGGCCGUAAUAGGGCUAUGA